AUGGAGAACGAGAUCUUCACACCCCUUCUGGAGCAGUUCAUGUCUAGCCCUCUGGUCACCUGGGUUAAGACGUUUGGACCGUUAGCUGGAGGAAAUGGGACCAACCUCGAGGAAUAUGUGGUGCUGGUGGAUGGUGUGUACCUGAACGAAGUCAUGCUGCAAAUUAAUCCAAAGUCUGCUAAUCAGAGGAUAAACAAAAAAGUAAACAAUGAUGCAUCAUUAAGGAUUCAAAAUUUGUCUAUUUUGGUGAAACAAAUAAAAACUUACUAUCAGGAGAAUUUGCAGCAGUUGAUCAUGAUGUCUUUGCCAAAUGUAUUAAUAAUUGGCAAAAACCCUUUUUCUGAGCCAGGUACUGAAGAAGUAAAAAAGCUCCUCCUGCUUUUACUUGGUUGUGCAGUCCAGUGUCAGAAAAAAGAAGAAUUUAUUGAAAGAAUACAAGGUCUGGAUUUUGACACUAGAGCAGCUGUUGCAGCCCAUAUUCAGGAGGUAACUCAUAAUCACGAAAACGUGUUUGAUCUGCAGUGGAUGGAUGUCAUUGUGUUGACACAAGAGUAUAUUGAACCUCUCCUGAAAAAUAUGGCAUUACAUUUAAAAAGGCUUAUAGAUGAAAGAGAUGAGCACUCAGAGACUAUCAUAGAACUGUCUGAAGAACGGGACUGUCUCCGUUUCCUACCUCAUGCAUCAGCAGCACAAUCCCCUUGUGGCUCUCCUGGCAUGAAGCGCACCGAGAGCAGACAGCACCUGUCUGUAGAGCUUGCAGAUGCCAAAGCAAAGAUUAGAAGGCUUAGGCAAGAGCUUGAGGAAAAGACUGAGCAGCUGCUUGACUGUAAACAAGAACUUGAACAGAUGGAAGCUGAGCUGAAGAGACUUCAGCAAGAGAACAUGAAUUUACUCUCAGAUGCUCGUUCUGCCAGAGUGUACAGAGAUGAAUUAGAUGCUCUUCGUGAGAAGGCAAUCCGAGUCGACAAGCUUGAAAGUGAAGUCAGCCGCUACAAAGAGAGGCUGCAUGACAUUGAAUUCUACAAAGCCAGAGUGGAGGAGUUAAAAGAAGACAAUCAAGUGUUGCUAGAAACAAAGACAAUGCUGGAAGAUCAGUUAGAGGGGACACGAGCCCGUUCAGAUAAAUUGCACGAGUUGGAAAAGGAGAAUCUACAAUUAAAAGCUAAAUUGCAUGAUAUGGAGAUGGAGCGUGAUAUGGACAGAAAGAAGAUUGAGGAGCUCAUGGAGGAAAAUAUGACUCUAGAAAUGGCUCAGAAACAAAGUAUGGAUGAAUCAUUGCAUCUUGGCUGGGAACUUGAACAGAUAAAUAGAACUACUGAACUUUCUGAAGUGCCACAGAAAUCACUGGGCCAUGAAGUCAAUGAGCUGACAUCAAGCAGGUUACUGAAGCUGGAAAUGGAAAACCAAAGUUUGCUGAAGACAGUGGAAGAACUACAAAGUGCAGUGGGUUCUGUAGAAGGCAGCAGUUCAAAGAUUCUGAAAAUGGAAAAAGAAAACCAAAGACUUAGCAAAACGCUUGAAGAGCUAGAGAAUGAGAUUAGCCAAGAGAAACAAAGUCUUCAGAACAGUCAAAAUCUGAGUAAAGAUUUGAUGAAAGAAAAAGCACAGCUUGAAAAAACACUUGAAGCACUUCGAGAAAACUCUGAGCGACAAAUUAAGCUGCUGGAACAGGAAAAUGAGCACUUGAAUCAAACUGUGGCUUCCCUCAGACAGCGCUCACAAAUCAGUGCUGAAGCAAGAAUGAAAGAAAUUGAAAAGGAAAAUAAAAUCCUCCAUGAGUCUAUUAAAGAGACCAGCAGUAAGUUAAACAAGAUUGAAUUUGAAAAAAAACAAAUAAGGAAAGAACUGGAACACUACAAAGAGAAAGGGGAGAGAGCAGAAGAACUGGAGAAUGAGCUGCAUCGUCUGGAGAAGGAGAAUGAAUUGUUACAGAAAAAAAUCACAAACUUAAAAAUCACUUGUGAGAAAAUUGAAGCCUUAGAACAGGAGAACUCAGACCUGGAGACAGAAAACAGAAAGCUGAAAAAGACUUUGGAUAGCCUAAAAAACCUCACUUUUCAGUUAGAAUCCUUAGAAAAGGAGAAUUCCCAACUUGAUGAAGAAAAUUUAGAGUUAAGAAGAACAAUUGAAUCCUUGAAGUGUACAAGCAUUAAAGUGGCACAGUUACAGUUAGAAAAUAAGGAGCUGGAGAGUGAAAAGGAGCAACUUAAAAAAAGCCUUGAACUCAUGAAAGCCUCUUUUAAGAAAACUGAACGCUUGGAAGUCAGUUACCAGGGCCUGGACACAGAAAACCAAAGGCUUCAAAAAGCCCUGGAAAACAGCAAUAAGAAGAUUCAGCAAUUAGAAAGUGAAUUACAAGAUUUAGAGUCUGAAAAUCAGACACUGCAAAAGAGCUUGGAGGAGUUAAAAAUCUCUAGUAAGCGCCUAGAGCAGUUGGAAAAGGAGAAUAAGUUGUUGGAACAAGAAACUUCCCAACUGGAAAAGGAUAAGAAACAGCUAGAAAAGGAAAAUAAAAGACUUCGACAACAAGCAGAAAUUAAAGAUAGUACUUUAGAAGAAAACAAUGUGAAAAUUAGUAAUCUUGAAAGGGAGAAUAAAUCUCUCUUUAAAGAAAUUGUGGUAUACAAAGAGUCAUGUCUACGCCUGAAAGAACUAGAGAAGGAAAAUAAAGAACUGGUGAAAAGAGCUACCAUUGAUAAGAAAACCCUUGUCACUUUGAGAGAGGACUUGGUGAAUGAAAAGUUGAAGACUCAACAAAUGAACAAUGAUCUAGAAAAACUUGCUCAUGAACUUGAAAAAAUAGGCUUAAACAAGGAGCGUCUCUUGCACGAUGAACAGAGCAGUGAUGACAGGUACAAGCUUUUGGAGUCAAAAUUAGAAUCCACACUCAAGAAGUCUCUCGAAAUAAAAGAAGAAAAAAUUGCUGCUUUGGAGGCUCGUUUAGAAGAAUCAACAAAUUUAAACCAGCAGCUCCGUCAGGAACUGAAAACAGUGAAAAAGAACUACGAAGCUCUCAAGCAAAGACAAGAAGAGGAAAGGAUGGUCCAGAACUCUCCUCCAAGAAGUGGAGAAGAAAAUCAAUCUGUCAAUAAGUGGGAGAAGGAAAAUCAGGAAACUACUAGAGAAUUAUUGAAAGUUAAAGAUAGAUUAAUCGAAGUGGAAAGGAAUAACGCGACGCUGCAGGCGGAGAAGCAAGCGCUGAAGACACAGUUAAAGCAACUCGAGACACAGAACAGCAACCUGCAGGCCCAGAUUCUUGCACUUCAGAGACAGACUGUGUCUCUGCAGGAACAAAACACAACUCUACAAACUCAAAAUGCCAAGCUGCAG